GUAACUCCUGCAUGAGGUUGGCGCGCUGCUGGAGCUGAGUGACUUGAGGAUUAUUUUGUAUAAAAGUUGCCGCUAAAGCGACAAAUACAAUUUGCCAACCGAGUUAGUCAGCAUCAACCGGAAGCCUUUCAGUCGGCUCUUUGUGCCUGCAGACCGCAGUCAUGCCGUCCAGCGUGGGUCCCAGCAGCCCCGCGGCUCAGCUGGCCGAGGCGCUGGACAACUCCGUCCGGCUGAUCGACCGACACCUGCAGGACGACCGCUUCUUCCCCGACCUGUCCGAGCUGCUCAGCGUCCCCUCACACAACAUACCGUCCCUCUCUGGAGUGUCAGAUAUGGACUACCCUCUUCAGGGACCUGGUUUGCUCGGUGUACCAAACCUCCCAGAGCUCAGCCCAGUUCGACGAGUCCCCCUGCCAGCUGAGCUAGUGGAGCAGUUCAGUCAUAUGCAGUUUAACUGCAUGAUGGGAGUUUUUCCUGAGAUCUGCCGUGCGUGGCUUACAAUCGACAAUGACAUAUUCAUGUGGAAUUACGAAGAUGGCGGGGACGUGGCCUACUUUGAUGGCCUGAUAGAAACAAUUUUGGCAGUGGGUCUUGUUAAACCAAAAGAAGGGAUUUUACAACCACACAUUCGGUACCUGUUAGUGUUGGCCACUUCUGUGGAUGUAGUUAUCCUCGGGCUCAGUUUCCCCAAGAGCCAAGCCGGAUUGAAUGACAGCAUGUCUGGAGGGAUGCAGCUGCUACCAGAUCCUCUGUUCUCCAUCCCCACUGAUAACACCUACAUCCAGUCCAUCACCUCCACAGACCUGGGACGAAUCUUCAUGGCAGGAAAGGAUGGCUGCCUCUAUGAAGUAGCGUACCAGGCCGAGGCAGGUUGGCUCAGCCAGCGCUGCAGAAAAAUCAACCACUCCAAAAGCUCUCUGUCCUUCCUCAUUCCAUCUGCGCUCACGUUCUCCUUUUCUGAAGAUGAUCCGAUUGUACAGAUUGCAAUAGAUGAUACUCGCAACACACUCUUCACACGCUCGGAGAAAGGCGUCCUGCAGGUGUAUGACCUGGGAGCAGACGGCCAAGGUAUGAGUCGUGUAGCAACAAUGUCCCAGAGUUCGAUAGUUGCGGCUGCUGGAAACAUUGCCAGGACAACGGAUCGAUCUGUCUUCAAACCUAUUGUGCACAUCUCCGUAAUUGACAGAUCUGAGUCGUCUGAUUGCCACCUGCUUGCUGUCACUCAUGCAGGUGUGCGUCUCUACUUUAGCACCGCGCCUUUUGCCCUUCAGCACCAAAAACACAUCCCGGUUCGGCCUAGCAUGCUCUCUUUGGUCCAUGUCCGUUUGCCACCAGGGUUUUCUGCUUCGUCCAACCUGCAGAAACCAUCAAAGGUCCACAAGGCCCUGUACAGCAAAGGUGUUCUCCUCAUGGCUGCUUCAGAAACCGAAGAUAGUGACAUCCUGUGGUGCAUCAAUCAUGACUCGUUUCCAUUUAAGAAACCCUUGAUGGAGACGCAGAUGAUGUCUAAUGUCGAUGGACACUCGUGGGCUCUGUGUGCCAUUAAUGAAGAGAAGCCCCCGAAGGUUUUUACUCCUCUGAACAAGGAAUACAUCCCUGUUACGGAUUCACCAGUGGUGGUCCAGCAGCACAACAUCCCACCACAGAAGUUCGUCCUUCUCUCUGCAAAGGGGAGUCACAUCUUCCAAAAGCUGAGGCCCGUAGACCAGCUUCGCCACCUCCUGGUGAGGUGUGCUGGAGCUGAAAGUGAGGAGAUCGAACGCUUCUUCAAGCUGUACAGGGAAGAGCAGGCCUGUGCCACAGCACUCAUCCUUGCUUGCUCCAAUGCUGCUUCUAAUCGGGAAGUUUCCCAGUUGGCCACUAGAGCAUUCUUCAGAUAUGGGGGAGAAGCACAGAUGAGAUUUCCGGCAGGCAUGACAGAUCCCAGUAACAUUGGACCCGUGAUGAGCUCUCCGGCACCAGGUAUUGUUCCUCCUCCUCUGUCAACUCCGUUUGUACUGAGGCACGCUGGAUCGGUCCCGGUAGGACCCAUGUCAAUUGGCCCGGAGGUGAUUUUCUCAGGGAAGCACAACAGCAUCUGCAUCUAUUUUGCCCGCAUCCUCGGAAAUAUUUGGGAUGGCAGCCUUGCUGUGGAGAAAAUAAUAAGCAAAGGAAACCAGACUGUCAGUAUUUUGGAAAGCAGUGUUGACUCACUAGAUCUGGAGUCAGUCCUUCUAGAGCUGAGUGGUCUACGAGACUUUCUUGAUAAAAACUCUCAGCUCAGUCCGUCCUCUCACGGUGCUGAAAGCUUCAACCCCCCGGCCAACCUUCAGCAAAGGCUGCUGGGAUUUAUGUUCACUGAUGGAGCCAACUCCCAGCAGAUUCAGCAAGAGCUUCAGAGAAAAUAUCACACCAAGGCUCAAGUCUUUGAAAAAGUUUCUCUUCAAGGUAUGCAGCAGUUGGUGCAUCGCUCUUACCAGACGCUGGCCCUCUGGAAGUUCCUCUGUGAUCAUCAGUUCAGCAUCAUCAUGUCUGAGCUGCCAAAGGAGUUUCAAGAGCAGAUGAAGGGUGUUUGUUUUAAGGAUGUUGUGAUCCGGGGUAAAGAAUUAUGUGGGCCGCUCAUCACAGGGCUCAUUAAUGUCUACAUCAAAGAUAACACCCCUGUGAACGCCAUCAGCAGUCAUCUGCGGGACAUCUGUCCCCUGCUGUACAGCAGCGAGGAUAGUGUUUGCUCAAAGGCUAACGAGUUGUUGCAGAGCUCCAAGCAGCUCCAAAACAAAGGAGAUAAAGACAAAACCUUGAGAGAGUCUCUACGGCUCUACCAGCAGAUCAGCCAGCAAACUGACCUACCACUCGUUUGCUCUCAGUACAGACAAGUGCGUUUUUAUGAGGGAGCCCUGGAGUUGUGCCUCACAGCAGCAGACAAAAAGGAUCCUCAGAGACUAGGGCCCCACUUCUACAAGAACGGAGAGCCCGAGGAGGACCGAGUCGGACAGCAGGCUUUCCAUGAAAGACUUUCUUGUUACAAGUGCAUCACAGACACCAUGCAGGAGCUGGUGAACCAGAGCAAAGCUGCUCCUCAGUCCCCCAGCGUCCCCAAACAGCCCGGACCUCCUGUCAUGACGUCUGAUCCAAAUAUGCUCAGCAACGAAGAGGCUACAGCUCAUUUUGAGCAGAUGCUUGGUCUGGCCCAGAGGUCUCAGGACGAAUUGUUCCACAUCGCUUUAUACAACUGGCUGAUUCAGGCUGACCUGACUGACAAGUUGCUCGAGUUGAAUUCUCCAUAUCUGGAAGAACAUCUGAUGCAUAUGAUCAAAAAGGACCAAAGUAAAGUUCACAAUUUGGACCUGUUGUGGCGCUACUAUGAGAAGAAUCGUGACUUUGGCAAAGCGGCUCAUGUUCUGGCCCGACUCGCUGACAUGCACAGCACUGAGAUCUCUCUGAAACAGCGGUUGGAGUAUAUUGCUCGAGCCAUCCUGUCUGCAAAGAGUUCCUCCUGCAUCUCAAACCAGACAACUUACGGAGAAUUCCUUCAUGGGCUGGAGGAAAAGAUGGAGCUUGUGCGUAUUCAAGUUCAGAUCCAAGAAACUCUGAUCAGACAGUAUCCCAACUUUCCCCCAGUAAAAACUGUCGUCUCCCAGUUGGAUUCUGAGCUAAUGGACAUUACGAAGCUGUAUGGAGAGUUUGCUGACCAUUACAAAUUAUCAGAGUGCAAGCUCGCCAUCAUUCACUGCGCAGGACACUCAGACCCAAUCCUGGUGCACUGGCUGUGGCAGGAGAUCUUGGAGAAAGAGUUGGGAGACACUGUGACCAUGAGUCCAGCAGACAGGAUGAGAUCUCUCAACUUGAAACUGGUAUCUCUGGGGAAGAUAUACGCUGGAACACCAAGAUAUUUUCCACUGGAGUUCCUGGUAAAGUUCCUGGAGCAGGAAGUAUGUCAACUGAACUGGGAUGUGGGAUUUGUCACGACUACUAUGCAAGAGAUUGGAGUGCAGUUGCCUCGUCUACUAGAAGUCUAUGACCAACUGUUUAAAACUCGGGAUCCUUGCUGGCUGCGGCUUAAGAAACCUCUGCAUUUGGUGGAGUGCAUUCAUGUGCUUCUCUCAGGAUACGUUGAUGACCCCAGCAGAGUACCAACAUAUGACAGACGGCGUUUCACUAACCUUUGUCUUGACAACAUGUGUGGAUACCUCGUGGAGCUUCAGUCUCUCAGCCCGAACGCAAGACUUCAGCAAACCAUCGGCAACUUCAAAUCACUGCAAGCGAAGCUGGAGAAACUCCACUGACAUCAGUAACAUCUUCCUCAUGACAACGGGAGAAUCCUACAUCUUGUAAUCGUGCACAAGCACAGUUGGCUGUGUGAAGUCAGUAGUAGAUUCAUUUUUUUUCCACCAUGUUUGUGUUGCAUAAUGGGAAGGGCUUCUUUCAGGACACAGAUCACAGGACACAGGACACAAAGAUCAUAUCAAUACUUUGAAAGACAGAGGAGACAUGUUUUAUAAAUUAUUUGAUAAAUUGUCUUAUGUGAGGCAGAAUAUGACUUAAAAUUCGCGUUGUGGGCAUAUAACUGUCAAACUUUAAGACAGUUUGUGUAUAUUGAAGUUUGACUCGAAGAUAUUUUAAUGAUUUUAUUGAAUAAAAACACCUGACUCAAGCCAUUUCAUCAGUUUGGGAACUAUUUGGAUAUUUUUUUGACUGUUGCCUCUAAACCGCUGUAUGUUGUAAUUAUGUACAUAACGUGGCCUUUAUGUCAUCGCCACUGCCACAUCAGUUGUAUACUAGUGCUUUAUUUCCAUCGUGUGUUUUUUGCAGUGUUUCAAUUUUGGUGCUUUUCAUUUUUGCACUGGAAACUGGCCUUUUUUGAAGUUGAAUUAAAGAAAUCUUAUACAAACAA